CCCGUCAUCUUAUCCAUUCCUCCUGCGGCAACGGCGGCGGCUACGCCCAUUCCGUCGUGCGCCGUCGACGGCCGUCGCCGGCGUGUGGCCACGGCGAAGGUGGUCGGCGCAGACGGCUCUUUGGUGCAGUUCGCGGCGCCCGUCAUGGCGGGCGAGGCGCUGGGGGACGCCGCCAGCGCGUCGAGCUUCCUGUGCAGCGCCGACGAGCUCCGCUUCGACGCGCCCGCCCGUGCGCUGGCGGCCGAGGAGGCGCUGCAGCCCGGGUGGCUCUACUUCGUGCUGCCCAUGUCCAUGCUCCGCCGGCCGCUCUCCGGGCAGGAGAUGGCCGCCCUCGCCGUCAAGGCCAGCUCCGCGCUCGCCGUCGCCGGCGGUAAGGGGCGGAAGGCGGCUCGGGUGGCGCCUCGCGCGGGAGGAUGGAGCACCGAGUUCGCCUUUGAGUACGCCGGAGGAACUGGCACCGUGUUCGCCGGAAUUCUUGGUCCAGAGAAGCACUCUGAGUCCAACGGUGGCUACAACACAGUGUACUGA